AUGAAACAGGCUCUUAAGCGCUCCAACAUCACAGAUCUUUGCAGUGAAGUGCCUGUUAUAAGUGCUCUGAAUCCGUAUCGUGCGAUCGAAGACGUUUCUCAACGUCUGGCGUCGUACGAAUCCGCGACAAAGUCUCCUGCAUUGCAAGAAGAUCUCGCUAUGUGGCACAAAGCUCAAGGUCAACUGGUGCAAAUCAUUACCGACUACCACUCCCUUGACGUCAAGUCGGACGUGGUUCCGGUCAUCCACGUCGUCCAUGCACAAAAAGAGUUUGGGGUGAAACAGAAAGCGCGAGGUAUUCAAGCGUAUGAGAAAAAGGAACGUGUUGUCGUAAAUGACCGAAACGUCGCAGAAAAAUCGAUGGACGAGCUGUUGGCGAAAGUCAUUGAAGUGGAAAAUCGGCUACCGGAGAAGUUCUUGUCACCCAUUGCCCAAGCCCUAUGA